AUGCAAAAUGAGGGAAGAGCACUUAUCAGUGAUUUAUCCAGUGCUGGUUUGAAAGGAGAAAUACCACGCGAAAUUGGAAACCUUACUUCUCUUACUGAUUUGUAUUUGGAUGAUAACAGGAUUAGUAAGAUUCCACCUUGGUUACAAAAUUUGUCCAUGCUUUCAACUAUUGUCCUUGAUGAUAACUUAUUGGGUGGACACAUACCAACUUUCUUUAGUCAAAUGAAGUCGUUGGUCGCUUUCAGCCUCUCCGGCAACAAUUUUAAUGGUCUAAUCAAGCCAGAAUUGGGUGCUCUUCCAUCUCUACAAGGGUUAGGCCUCUCCGACAACAAUUUUAAUGGUCCAAUCCCGCCAGAAUUGGGUGCUCUUCCAUCUCUGCAAGCGUUGCUUCUAGGUGGUAAUUUAUUGUCAGGACAGAUACCUUCUCAACUGGGGAGCCUUUCUAACCUUACGAUUCUGGAUUUCUCUGAUAAUGAGCUCUCAGGGGAACUUCCCGAUGAGCUAGGACAUCUCACAAAUCUUGAAUUUCUGUGGCUAGCGAAUAAUAAUUUUCGUGGAAAUUUGAGUCAACGAUUUCAUCAACUUAAAAACAUGAUAUAUUUUGACAUCCGCGGGAAUAACUUCAAUGGACAAAUACCUGCUUUCAUAGCCCAAUGGAAAGAUAUUGAGGAAUUGUACCUCAUGGGGAACAAUUUUGAAUGGCCUGUUAGUCAUGGAGUGUUCCAAUCAUUGAAGAAUCUUAGAAUCUUGCAGCUUGCUGACAUAACUGGAAGUCCCAGAGAUUUCCCCAUUGUCAAAAAUCAGUCAUUGACACACCUGUGAGCCUCUCAUUAUGUAUUAACACAAUAAAAUUAUAUCUGCUGCUUUCAUUGUAAUGUGAACUUUGGC